GACUUUUUGCAGAUGAUGGUCAGGGGGCCCCUGGGCCUGUGUAUGUGCCUAAUGGUCUCCUCAGUAGCCUAAUCCAUCCAUGGAUGUUAAAUGUAAACCUACCAUAAAGAUAAACUGUUAUUAUAUGGCUGUACAACCAUUGUAAUAGCUGAUGCCGGUUUGUCUUGUCCAUUUCCCUCAUCUCAGCUCUGUCCAGAGGGUUUUCAGUAGUGCGUCUCCGCAGCGCAUCUUUAGUGCGGCCACUUUCAGUAAACAGCGCCUUGUGAGCGCACUACCUCUGCCGAAAAACACACGUCAACCACUGCAGCGGUACUGCACGGAGACAGCAGCAGGCCUACGAGAAGCCACAGGAAGCUUGUCAGCUACAGACUGCUCAUUCUUAAUUAUCUCCAUGGCUGCUGAUGAGACCCAACAGGAGCCGGACCUGCUCGAAAUGCGCCAAUUAUCUGCAGAGGACGGAUGUGCGUCCGUGUGUGCACAGAGCAAUAAGCUCCGUUAAGACAGCUGAUUAAUACAGAGUCGCUUAUCGGUGGAUGUCAGUAGUUAAAAACGGACGUGCGUUGUCUGCUCUUUACGUAAUCCUUUUUUGCGUAAUUUUGCAGCGGGUAUUGGAUGCCGCGUGGACCAGGAUUAUUUUGGCGAGGAUAUCUCUAGUGCUCUCCCCUCCUCCCUGCAUCCGUUGUUGUCCUCAACAGCAGACACACAGACUCAUUCAGGGACAAUUUGUCUGGAGCAACAUUGUAAAUAGACGAGGAGCUGUUUUAAUGAAAUCCAACAUCGCUGCAUCCCGGUUGAAGCCUUCAGUCAGCAAUGCCUGGGAAUCCUUCAGCUGCUCCUCCCUGCUGUUCUCUGAGAAUGGGAUCGUAGUGAACCAAUCUGGGAUUUAGAUCAACUGCUAGCAUGUUGCAGCCAUCCACGAGGACAGGUGACAGCCUGUUGGAAGCAUUACCUCACCGGUGCAAGCGUCCAAGAUGGGUCCUCUCCCUCACCCUCUGCAUGGCUCUCCUCUGGCUUCCAAGGGCAGCGGCAUCCACCCUAAACUGCCACAAGACAUGUAUCUGCGCCUCAAACAUAGUGAGCUGCUCUAAGAUGAAUCUGACCACCGUCCCAACGGGUCUCCCGCUCUACACUGCUGUGCUGGAUCUCAGCUACAACGAGAUAGAGCGACUGCGGUCUGAGUGGACCCCGGUCAACCUCCCGAAGCUCCAUAACCUCCUCCUCAGCCAUAAUGGUCUCCAUUUCCUGUCCUCAGAGGCGUUCCUAUAUGUGAAGCACCUGCGCUACUUGGACCUGUCCUCCAACAACUUGCGACUGCUGGAUGAGUUCAUUUUUGAGCCUCUGGUCAACCUGGAGGUCCUCUUGCUGUACAAUAACCAAAUUUCCCAGAUUGACCGUUCAGCAUUCACCGGCAUGCUCAACCUUCAGAAGCUCUAUCUUAGCCAGAACCAAAUCUCUCGCUUCCCCGUGGAGCUGGUCAAGGAAAAGUCCCGCCUGGAGAAACUUUCUCUCCUGGAUGUGUCAUCCAACAAGAUCAAGAUGUUGCCCAUUGAUGAGCUCCAGGUGCUGCCUGCCUGGAUUAAAAAUGGCCUCUACUUCCACAGUAACCCUCUGCUGUGUCACUGUGAUCUCUACAAACUCCUCGCCCACUGGCACAUUCGAAAGCUCAACUCCGCUGUGGACUUCAAAGACGACUACACGUGUAUUCUGCCUGGCCCACAAAAAACCCAAGUGGGCAUUUUUGAUCUCAGUGGUGAAAAUAUGAACUGCAGCACGUUCAAGGAGGCAGUUCAAGAGGCUUAUCUGGAGCAGAGAAUGACCCUUGGCUGUGACACCAAACACAGGAACAUGUCAAAGACCUGGAUGUUGCCUGGUAACGUGCCGCUGAUACGUGGAAGCAACCAGACAGCCCAAAACUUGUCAGAUGGAAGUCUGGAGAUCAAUCCAGUGAGGACUGAGGACUCCGGGACCUACACUUGCUUUGCGACAAGCGAGGUCUUCAAUGAGACGAUCUACGUGGUGCUGAAGGUUCACAACUUCACCAUGCACGGGGGUGGGGAGACCCUGAACACAGCGUACACCACCUUGGUGGGCUGUCUGGCCAGUGUGGUGCUGGUGCUCAUGUAUCUGUACCUGACGCCGUGUCGCUGCUUCUGCUGCCCCAAUAAAGGCAAGGGUCGUGGCGAGGACAGCAUCCACUCGUCCAUGCUCAGCGUGACACCAACCCACGAAGACCCAGCGCUCAAGGCCGAGCUGAACAGGCACGUGGCGUUCAUAGACUCCAAGGACUUGCAGGGCCAGAACGGCAAGCUGAACCCCAACGGGGAUGAGGAUGAUGAUGAUCUGGAUGCAGAGGCUGGUUCUCUCAUGAAGGGCAAGAGGAAGAAGUCAGUAGCAGAGUCCAUCAGCUCCGUCUUCUCAGACACUCCCAUGGUGGUCUGAGAUGAGAUGGUGGACGCCACACGACUGGAUGUAAAUGGUACAACGUGAGCCAUCUUUUAGUUCAUGUAAACUGUGACUGUGACCUUGUGGGAGGAAACGGAGGCAGGACGUUCAUCUGUAGUUGGAAAUAAGGAUCUCAAAGGGAGUAAAAAAAAAAAAACUGUCUUGUUGCCGACGAGGACAAUAAGCAGGACAUUUCCAGCAUUUUAAUCUGUAGCACUUAAUAUUCAUACUGUGAAGGAAAGGCAGUGAACAGUGGAAACUACUGAAGUCUUAUGAGAGUGAAACGUAGAUGAUAUAAUGUUGAUAUCAGCACUCAGGAAGUGAUCAAAUAAACUGCUAUAGUGUGGGAAAUAUAUAUGAUCCAGUACACAGGUUGAAAUUAGAUUUUAAAAACGUAGUGUAUAUUGAAACAAUGGCUGGCUCAUAAUUAUAUUUAUUAAAAUGACUAGAAUAGAUCGUAUCUUAAAAACUAAAACAAACUAAAUUAGAGCAUAUAUACAUUUACCCCUCCUCGAUCAACACAGGGACAGAGACUUAGACAGGCAGCCGUCACCAGGCUAUGAAUACAUCUGUCGUUAACCUUGAGUCAUCUAUAGAGAAACAGCAUGCCAUAAGCCCACAUUAUAUGAGGUCUCAGGCUGAUCUGUGUAUGUGGGAUGAAGAAAAUGUGCAUUCAUCAGACGUUUAGUCACUUAUAUUGAGAGAGCAGUAGCACAAACAUUAUAUUAACAGGCCAUCGCAGGUCAUUUUCAUCCUACUUCAUAGCUGAUACUUAGUUGCACUCAGAUAUAGUUCAUCGUUAUUCUAAUUCAUAGUCAUAUGUGUAGUGAUAUAAGAGAAAGCUAUGUUAAGGGAUCAAUUUACAUAGAGGUACACAAUAGUUAACCAGCUUGAGGCAGAUCAUUGCUUAUAUAUGAAUUGUAUAUCAAAAUAGUUGCCUCUUAGUUAUUGCACAUCUACAGUAUAACCCAAGAGAAGCCUUACACAAUUAAAAACAUGGAACGCCUCCAGCAGAUACGCAUUAGACGCAGGGAAGUAUUUUGUCCUGACUGAUUAUCAACAUAUUGUCUCAAUUCUAUAUACAGACAUGCACCGUGCUCCUUACAUGGACUAAUAGGCUGAGGUGCCACAAACUGCAGAGCUGCAGACUCUUCCUCUCGGCCAGGUUAUAGCAUUUGUUUCUCUCAGUCACAUAAGCAGAAGGUUAAAUACCAAGCUAAAAGCAGCGAGCUGAAGUUUAUUGUGUUCUUUCCUGUAUGUUAAAUGGGCAUAUUAUAUAAAAUCCAGAAAUGUUUUAGUGAAAAUUGCUCAAAAAACCGACCCUUAGUGUAUUCAUAUGUCCUAAUUUAUGUUGUGGAUUUUAGUAUUUGCAGGGUCGCACAGUCAGGAGAGGCAAGCCUGGCAAAUGUGUGGUGCCCCCCCAAAAAAUUAUGAAAAAGGGGCCCCUGAUGGCCACUUAUACUGACAAAUUUUGCAAUGACAACUAUAAACUAGAGUUGUUCCGAUGCCGAUAUCAGUAUAAGAAAUGCCUUUAACACUGCUGAAAAUGCUAGACUGGUUUUCAGCGAGUACCCAACUCUAUGCACCGACCCCAUACCAUUUCAUUUAUUGAGACAUUUGAAAUUAGCUUCACACCUGGAUAAAAUGGCAGUUUUACCGAAAAUCAAUUCUUCUUUGCUGCUCUUCAACAGUGGCCUACACAGUCAGGUGUGCUGUGCAGCCACUGGCAACUGCUGUUUUAGCAACUCAUUCUCACUCCGACCUCGUCACAUAUUGAUGUUUUGGCCAACACACCCAGGGUACCUUGCAUGUCAUGGACUUUCCACGUCCAUGACAUGCAAGGUACCCUGGGUGUGUUGGUUGUUGAUGUUGUGGGACACCGUGUCAAGUUCUGCCUGUUAAAUGCUUCUUUCAAGAUACACUUUAGUUUUCAAAAAACACAUAUUGUUAGGUUUAGGCAAAAACAGGAAUUGGUUGGGUUUAGGAAAAAAGAAUAGGAUUUAGCUUUAUAAUCUUACGGGACGCGGAGUUCACUCUUGGGUGAAAGUCAGUGUUUGUUGGACCCAUCCACCACCGCUCCCGCCCCACUCAGACUUUCGCCGCCGUAACUUUCGCCCUUAUCCCGCCUGGUUUCCCCCUGACGCCGUUGGAUGCCGUUAAACUAUGCCACAAGGCACUGGAUUUCGACGAACUCUCGGGCCUCGUUUUAGAGCAAGGAAGAAGAAUUGAUUUUCGGUAAAAAGUGAAACAUUGGCCGUAAGCAAAAUGUUGGUAAUUUGACAAUAUUGUCAAUAUUUUACAUUGGAAAGUCCCAUCAGUAAAAGAACAUUGUGUACAGUUUGCAAGGCUUUAGUUUUGAGGGGUGUCACUAGUGUUGCGAGCUACUAAAUUGUGUCUGCACUUUAGGUUUCUUAAAAGAAUUAUUAUUUAUGCCUAAGUUUUUUUUUUUUUAUGACUGACAGUCAAAUUAGAUAACAAUAGAAAGAUACGCAAGUCCAGGUAUGGGAAUUUGUAUCAGGAAAAAAUGGCAUUAGGACAUCUCAACUAUAAAACCCCUUAAACCUCCCGUAAAGGCAUUAUACAGUGCACUGCAGCUGCCCCAAAAAACCCUAAGUGGGGCCCCUUUUAGCAACCGACCGUCAGCUAGCUACCUGAAACUGUCAUACAUAUGUUAGGUGUAACCGUCAGCACAUGACGAGCAAACCUUUCUGCUCAACAAAAACAAAAUAAAAAACAAGAAAAGGGAAAAACGACACCAGGAGGUGCUGGAAGGCCUCGAUCGGCUUCUAUCUUCCAGAGUCUAGGACUGCCACUGAGUAUUUGAUAUUGCAUUUUGCUCAGAUGGACAAGUGUCACGCUGUUUGGCCCUGUGGUAGGUAGAAAAAGCAGCACGUUGUAAUAGCAGGUAAACAUUAGAAAUAAAACCCACAGGGUUCCUCUAGAGGAUUAUGCUGAUGAGGCUGUGUUGUCUGACAGGAGCGAGCUGAGUUAAGAGCUACUGAAAGAAAACCUGUUGUAACACAGGGGAUCCUUCAGAAGAUAACUAAGUCUUUACAAUUAUAAUUGAAUCUAUUGUGAAAUGAAUUCAUUGUGCCAGCCACCUCAUUUGCCAUGCAUAUUUCAUUAACAAGGUUUAAAACAGGCAUAAACAAGAAAGAGUGAUUUCAUUAAACAGCACGGCGUUCGUGUCAUAAUACAACAAGGCUAGCCCAGCAUAAAUUGUGUCUUUUGAUGGGAUGCGGCUUCUCUCUGCUUCCCAUGUCUUUGUCUCUCUGAGCAGGAGGGGAUAGGUGUGUUAUCGUGAGUCACAGCGACACAAAGCCAUUCUCUCUGGCUCCUUGCAUGCUGACAGCAUCAAUUCAGCCCAGAUGUGUUUGCUUUGUUUGUGUAUCUCUGUCAUUACGAGGCUGCCCUCGCUUAAGUUCAAAAGCAAUCAUUCAGCCAGGCAGUGAAUGUGAUGCCCUUUAAGUAGACGCUAAUUUGUUUAUGAGGGAAACGCCUGGAGCUGUUAUUGAACAUUUGCUCUCCAACUGAGUCAUAUGAUUGGAAACUAUAAGAACUUAAGAAAGUAUAACGGAGAAUAUAUUGCUCAAUGCUUUUUAGUUUUCCACUUCACCAACACACACUCAAAAAAAAAAAAAAAUCUAUUGUCAGGUUUAUGUAUGUUAAUUACAUAUAAAAUUUUCUGCCAACUGUGUCAAGUCAUUCUCAAAUAAACCAAAAAAGCACCAUUAAUUUAAUUCAGUAAAGUAAAACUUAAAUAGACUAUGAGCCUUUAUGUAACUAUAGCUCAUAGAAUUACAUUAAUGUAAUUUCUGUCAAGAAAUUCUGUGUUAUUCAAAAAUGACGAACAUUAAUAUAUCUGAAAUACAUAGAAUAUAUUAACAGUAAUUACACACAGGUAAUUUCCAUGAGCCAUAGUGACAUUAAUUCUCAUAGUAUAUUCAUCUUAAUUGGAUUUAUGUUUAUGUUAGAAUUACUUGACGCAAUUGGAUGGAAGUUUUGACAUAACCUGACAUAUGAGUGCACAUAUUACAACACCUACGUAUGUAAAAUCACAUGCACUUUGCAAUUAACUGUCAGUAUAGCUGUCAGAUGUCAGGAGAGUGCAAUAGGUUUUUACGCAAAAUUGAUGUUAUAUUCACAGUUGCACUGUGCAACGCAGCAUCUUCUGUGUGUGGGUGAGAAAAGGAAGUCACACUUAUCAGAGAGGUGGUGUGUGAAUCAUUCCACUCUCUCACGCAUAGGAAUACCAGGUGGAAAAGGAUUGCAAAAAUACCACAAGACGCAUUAAAAUAAAGACACAUUUAGCACUACGGCUGACUGGCUGCAAUUGGCGAAGUAUCUAUCCCAUUUUUAUGGAUCCAGCCCCAAAGUGUUGCCCUGUAGAGUUAAAAUAUAUGUGCUGUUCCCUGCUUUCUCAUCAUGGAGUCAAUCUUAAACCUCUGGCCACUCAAGGCAACAUGACAAGCCAAUCACAGAAUCUAAAAUGACUAAAACAAUACACAGAUUUUACAGCUGUUGAAUAGCGCACAUUAAAUUGCCAGACCAUCAAGGAAUAGCUUGUGUUUGCCCCGCAAUAACCCCGUGUCAAUCAAGAUCAAUCUGCCGUGGCUAACGGGUGAUCUUCUCCUCUGGGUUGUCACUCACAAUACAAGUCGUAGUUGUGUACAGAGAAAAACCAAGUGCUAUUGCGAAGGUCCUAAUAUAAAUGAGAAGAGGAGAGGCUUUGUUCUCUCCAAAGCAAAUCUGCCUUCCUAUAUAUAUCUAUAUAUACAGUAUAUAUAUGUAUUAAGACUCACUUUUCUGUGUUCAGUAUUGAUUAGUUGUGUACUGCUAUGUUCUACCAGUGUACUGACUGUAUUCUUGUAUAAUCUGAUGUUGUUGAUCAUUUUGCAUUUCGUCUGCCGCUGUGCUACUGUUAGUUGUUUCAACACUCAAGUCUUGACUAUAAAUGUUUAUUUUUUAAGCAGGGUGGGGGUUAGUUUUUUAUUGACAUGGGAUGUAUUUUACACGUGACUCUGCUGAAGGAUGGUUACACUGAAAAUAUGUAUUGAACAUGUCGGAAAAAAAACUGCAUAGGAGGAGUUUUGAAAUCACUGAUACAUCCUAAUGGGCAGUGAGUAUGUAGCCGUCAGUUAUUUUCAGUCAGUAUCAUAAAGCCAUAAGGGAUUCAAGGAGAAAGCAGUGCUUUAUCAGAUAAGUGGCUCCAUCAGGUGAUGUAUGGAGUUGAAGGUGUGUUUGCCGAAAGACACUUUACAACAGUGAAAGCAACAACUUUUCUGUCCAGAAGAAAAGUCAAAGAUUAUUUUUAUAAAAGCCAGGAAUGUAGGAAAAUCAAGAGAUCUCUCCACCCACACCGAUGAAUCCCUGAAACACAAUGGGUUUUGAAUGGAUUUGAAGACAGAGGGUAAAUAAAUCUUCUCAGGACUACGUCAGUUUUAAGUUAUAAUGUAAUACGAUGCACAGUUUUUCAGCAUCAAUCAGAUCUGUGGUUUGAGAUCUGUGCGGUACACAGGCCCUUUGCUAUUUGCAGUAAUGGCACAUUAACUGUUCCCUUCUCACAGAUUAGGGAAGGGAGUGGUCUCUGCCCGACAUACAGUAUAUCUAUCUCCGUUCAUCUGUGUAGUAGCAAUUACAGAAACAUCCUUGAGGCAGUGGGGCUAAAAGCUCGCUGCUUAACAGUGUGCAACUACAAGUGUCCACAGGACAAGAAUGAAGCUUUUAAUAGCAUUAAAAGCACUGAGUUUAUUGACCGCUGCUUCAAAGAUGAGCUGGUUGGUCACUGCCAUAAAAUCUGAAAAGGUCUCGCAGCUAAAGUGGAAUGGCUUUGCAUGGUUCGCUUAAGAGCUUCUCUGACUGCAGGAUAGGUGCAACCUUGUAGGCAUUAAAGAUAAAGAAUACUGAUCAUUUGACUUAAUAAAAAGAUCAAGAUUUACACUU